GGCACACGGGGCACACGCACACGUGCUCGAGCGCUGUCGCGCUGUCAACUACUGAUCGGUCGAUCACUCCUGGAACAUAAACAAACAUGGCGGACGACACGUCAGGGGUGCUGGACCAGUUUCGGGACGAUGGUGUGUUCAAACAGUUCUUGUCGGAUGAGUUCGACGCGAAGGCCGUUGCCUGCAGCGCGAUUCAAGACCUCUCGAUCGCUCAGCAUUUGGGCAAACUUGCCACCGGAAUCUCGCUCUUGGACAAGGAACUCCAUACUCAGGUGUCCGCCCACUAUGAAGACCUGCUGGCACAGGCUACCGGCAUCGAGACAUUGGAAAGCGCGCUUCAAACCAUGUUUGUGUCCAUACAGAACUUGCAGCAGACGUCUGAACGGUUGCAGAGCAAGGUGGUGGAGCCGUACAACAAGACCUGGAACCAGACGGCCAUGCUUGCCAGGCUGCAGCACACAUGCGACAUGAUCCGGCGCAUUGGGCGCCUCUUCCAGCUGGUGAAGCGCCUGCAGACCCAGAUGCAGGGGGGUGCCAAGGAGAUCACCAAGGCUGCCCAGAGCCUCAACGAAGCAGACCAGCUCCUGGAAGGAGUUGACCUGAGCGGAGUGGACGUGGUGCAGGAGGAGCUGGCCUUCAUUGCCGAGGCGAGGCAGUCGCUCGAGAGGCAGGCGGAGAAGAUGCUCGAGAAGGGCACCGAGGCUCAGAACAAGAGCCAGGUGGGCGUGGCCCUGCAGGUGCUCUUCCACCUGCAGCUGCUGCAGCUGCGCGUGGUGCAGCUGGUGCGGGCCACCGCCGAAAGGCUGAGGGAGUCGGUGCGCUGCAGCCUCAGCAUAAACAGCCUCGACCAACAGGCCUCCUCCACGGCCAACGCUGCCCUGGGGGCCAGAGUGCCAGGGAGGUCAUCCAUGCCGGUGACUGGGAGCAGCGCUGCGUUCCGGGCUGCCCUGUGGACCAACAUGGACCGCCUCGUGGACCACGUGUGCCAAGCCUGCGGACAGAUCCAGCAGCUUGAGCAGGUGCUGGCAAAGAAGAAGGAUCCGGUGACCCACAGCAGCUUUCUGCAGGAGUUGAGCAAGAGCGGCCACGGCGACAUCCUCCACUCCUUCUGGCUCUCUGUUGCUCAGACCCUCUCCGACGAGCUGGCGAGAGCGGCCGCCGAGUCGACCUUCCUGCGCCAGGCCUUUGAAGGGGAGUACCCCAAGCUCCUGAGCCUGUUUAACGACUUGUGGCGGCGCCUGGAACAGCUGGAAGGCAGCACCCCACCUUCUCUAGACGCGGCUGACGAGCCUCGUGGACGUUUCUUUGGGCAGCAGGAAGAGUUUCGGCCAGAAGAAGCUCUGUGCGGGACGCUAUCGCCGCUGGAGAAUGCAUACCUGACACGGUCCCUGUCCCGUCUGCUGGACGCAGUGAAUGUGGCCCUGUCAGGGAGCACGAGGGAAAGUCCAUCUCAUGAGGACCUAGACGGAAUCCUCAGGGCUAUUGCCAGCGAACUGCGCGUGGCUGCGGUGGAUGCGCGUCUGUGUCGGACGGUGGCCAAGAACGUGGCCCAGGCGGUGCACCAGCUGGCCGCCAGAUGCGAGCAACUGACUGCCGUGGACGGCGCUGAAGCGCUGCAGGUGAUCGGUCCGGCCACGGCCGAACAACAGUGCAACGCGGCUCUUCUGCACCUCCUGCAUCGCUUUCAGGGAGAGCUGAGUGCUUUCCUGAAUGGUGAUGCCGUGCAGUCGGCGGAAGCAGUGUCCAUUGUGCGAGGUUCUCUGAAGACGGUAGAGACGGUGAUUCAAGGCACUGUGCAGCCUCUGCUGUCUGCGGUUGCUCAGUCCGUGGAGGCAAUCAUCCUCACCAUGCAUGAAGAGGACUUUUCCACGCCUGCGUCGGAUCGGACUGCUGUUCCGGAUGCCCCCUGCUCCCUGUACAUGCGGGAGUUGCAGCAGUUUGUGGCGCACUGCCAGACCGACUACUUCGCCGCUUGGCCUCCGAGCGAGACGGUCACACAAGGGAUUCGAGGCCUGGCGUCCCGAGCCCUGGAGCUGCUGGCGCGGCACGCCAGCCUGGUGCGCCCGCUCGGAGACGGCGGCAAGAUGCGGCUGGCUGCCGACUUUGCCCAGAUCGAGAUGGCCCUGGCUCCCCUGGGGCAGCCCCUGGCUGAGCUGGGACGUCCUUACAAGGCUCUGCGUGCCCUUCGUCCCCUGCUGUUCCAGAGUCCCCAGCACAUGGCACAGUCGCCCGUGGUGGGGGAGACGGUGCCGUACUCUCUGCUGCUUCACUUCCUCUUCGCCAGGGCGCCACCAGAGCUGCGCUCACCUUACGAGGCAGCCUCAUGGUCGCGCAGCCGCUACUCCAAGUGGUUGGACGAGCACCCUUCGGAGAAAGAGCGCCUCGUCCUCAUUCGGGGUGCAAUGGAGUCCUACGUGCAAAUGGUACACCAGCGGCAGGGCAAGGAGUUUGCUCCCGUCUAUCCGGUGAUGAAGGAGCUCCUACAGAAGGCCAUGGAGCUACAACGACCAUGAAGACAGCGGAAAAGACGACACACCCUCCUUAUUCCUGAGAGUUCAGCACUGAACGCAUGUACAUAAACCAAGAAAGGGCAGACAAACGGGUUUUUCUAGAAGUUGGGAAUAAACAGACAAGACAUAAAAAGGCAUUGAAAGUGUCUGA